AUGACAGCACCAGAAACCACUUCUAACUCUCAGGAAGAUGUUCCCAGAGACGUGCGAUUACUACAUUUACUCCUGGCCUCUCAAUCAAUCCAUCAUUAUGAGGAUCAAGUGCCAUUACAACUAAUGGAUUUUGCCUUUCGUUAUACACGCGGUGUUCUAAAAGACGCAAUGGUCUACAACGACUACGCCGACCAGGGACCCUCAUCAGGACUUACAGUGGAAGAUAUACGGCUCGCGAUCGCAGCUCGUACCCAGUACCAGUUUAAACCUACCGCUCCCAAGGAAUUACUCCUCCAACUUGCCAGUGAACGAAACAAGAAGGCUCUCCCGCAAGUCAUGGGAAUGUGGGGUGUUCGACUACCGCCUGAGAAGUACUGCUUGACUGCCAAAGAAUGGGAUCUCGACGAAGACCACACCGAUGCCGUCUAA